AUGGCGGACCCAGUCAUCUUUGCUGAGCAGGCUGCUGCUGAGGCGGCGGUAGCGGCUGCGCCCACCACAGACCAAACGACACCAACCUUUGAGGGCGAGAACAAGUUUCAACAUGCUAUUUCCAUGUGGAGGAAUCUUGACCUGACCAGUCUUACCUCGAAGCUCGACAACACGGCCUCCGAAAUCGUCACCUACCAACGCGACUCAACCGUGCAACGAAAGGAACUCGCGCAAAAGACCAAGGACUUUCGCAAGCUUGACGAUGAGUCCAAACUCUCGGAAGUCAAGGGGCUGCUCAAAGCGUACCAGGGCUUCAUCGAUGUGCUUACGAACCACUCGAAAUCCGUCAACUCGGCCUUCCUACAGACGUACACUUCGCUGUCUGAAGUGACCGACCCAUACCCCUUGCUCGAAGCCUCGGUGGAUGCUAUGCUCAUUUCCGAAGACACGAUGCCCAAGCUUACUGAGGAAAACAAACAUCUGCAGGAGAACCUGGCCAAAGUCACCUCGCAGCUUGAGGAGACGGAGACCAAGCUGCAGAGCGAGCGCACCGCUCGCAAGGAAAUCGAAGACAAUCUAGACAUGCGCGUCAAGGAGGUCGAGUCGUCAUGGUCGGCUGUGCUAGAAGAGAAGAAGGACAAUUGGGAGGCCAAGGAAAAGAGCCUGGAGGAGAAGGCCGAGAACCAGGAGCGUCUGUUGAACGAAAUGCGCGCCAGCUACGAGGUCAACCAACGAUUGGGCAAGUCUGCGGGCGAGCAGGAUGCGCAGCGCAACCAUGUGUCAAGUGCGGAAGUCGAAAUGCUUCACUCUGACCUCGAGAGAACCAGCGCGAGGCUAGCGGAAGUCGAGGCACGCAACGAACAGAUGCGCCUCGAGCUCGCGCAGGCCAAAUCAUCUGCAUCGACACAGCACGCCGAAACAUCGCUGGAAGACGACCCUGGAUACAUGCGCAUGCGCUCCGAGAACUCUUCGUUGAUCAGGAAGCUGGACAAUGCACGCGUGGAGCGGGAAGGGGUCAAGAGGGAGCUCGACGCCAAGUUGCGAUCCAUUGAAAGGGAAGCUGCCCGACUUCGGGAUGAAAAGGAGGCGCUCAAGGUCAAGGUCGAAAAGUGGAGCGACUAUGACGAGGUCAAGCAGGAGCUCGAGGUCCUAAAGAGCAUCGAGUUUGCUACAGGCGAUGACGACGAGGCAACGGAGAAGGCCGAGGCUGGUGCCAAGGGCGACACGCUCGAGACAAUGCUGCUCGGCCGCAACAAGAAGCUGAGCGACGACAUGACCCUGCUGCGCGUGUCAUACCAAGAGCUUGAGACUCAGCUCGCGACGCUUCAAGAGGAUCUAUCACGGACAAAUGCCGAGUUGGAAAAGGCGCGAAACCUGAAUGAGAAGCUGGAGUCGGACUUGGAGAACAUGCACGCCGAGGGCGCCAACGCCUUCCCCUCGGGAGCGUCCGUCGCAGGAACCUACAUCUCGCGCGCGCCCCCUACGACAACACGCCGGGGAGGACGAUCCUCGCCCACUUCAUCCAUUAUCAGCGGCCUUGAUCCCAGAUCUGGGCCCGGAGACCGGGAGCCUGUCGGCGGCGGGUCAGGGAUCCUGCCCAUGGUCACGGCGCAGCGCGAUCGCUUCAAGAAGAGGAACGCGGAGCUUGAGAAGGAGCUGUCGGAGACGCAUCGCUCAGUGCAGCAGCUGCGGCAGGAGAUUGCUGCCUUGCAAAAGGACAAUCUCAACCUAUACGAGAAGACGCGGUACGUGUCAACCUAUAACCGUGGCGGCGCGACGGCCUCCUCCUCGUCCACAUACGCAUCCAACCCCAACCCCUCCACGGUAUCGAUAGGCUCGACCAGUCCAGGUCCAGAGAUGGAUCGAUACCGCAAGGCCUAUGAGUCAAAUCUUUCCCCCUUUGCUCAGUUUAGAGGGCGGGAGUCGGCGAGGGCAUAUCGUCGGAUGAGCAUCCCUGAGCGAGCCGUCUACUCAGUCACAAGGAUGGUGCUAGCAUCGCGGACCAGCAGGAAUGUGUUUGCAGCGUACUGCGUGGCCCUGCACUUGCUCGUUUUCCUCACCCUCUACUGGCUUGGCUCGGCGGACUUCGAGCAGCACGCGACCCAGCUAGGCAAUACCGCUGCGGUUGCUGGCGCGGCCGCUGGCGCUGGCGCUGGUGCGGGCGGCAGGGUAGGGGAUGCGCCGGUCCAGCAUGGUGACUGGAAGCAGGAUGGAUUCCAAGGGCGAUAG